AUGGAGUGGAUGAAGAAGGUGAAGAUGGCUGCUGAUCGUGCACGAGAAGAAGUGCGUGACAUUGUUGCUGAGCCGAAGAAGCAGCUCAAACGAAUCACAGACGACGUUCGCCCGAGAAUGGCAGAGGAGGACUUUGUCGAAUAUGAUCUGAAUCGAUGGAUGGAUGAAAUAAAGCAGCUGACUGUAGACAUUAAGGCCAUGUCAUCGACGCUUGUCAUAGAAGGUGGUGAUGAGUGUGAGUGGAAGAGACUGCUCAAAGUGAGAAAGAUGGAGCAUCAGAGUCUUGUGUCCAAGUCACCACAGAGAAGUGAGAAGGGAGCCAAUGAAGAGAAACAACUCGACUUCAAUAAACUCAAAGACAGAUCACAGAGACAGAUCAAAGUGUAUAGAUCUGAUUAUGCUAUAGGAGCAUCUAAUACGAACUUGCUCUGCCGUGGUGAUCGAGAUACUCUGUGUUUGACUGAUCGAACUGGUCACAAGACAAAUACACUUUGGUGGAAUGGAGGAAAUAUCUGGGAUAUCUGUUGGUCAUCAUUUCUUGACAGAUUUCUGAUAUUGACGAAAAGAACUCUUCAUUCAUUGAAUGUCCAAACAAGUGAAGUGACACAGAUCAAACAAGUGUCAGACAAGAACAGAGCAGACUUUUACAGAUGUACUUGUUCAAAUCAAACAACGUUGGUGUGUUUUAAUAAGAAAGGAUCAGUUGUUGAAGAGUGGGAUAUGAGUGGAGAAUGGAAAAUGAUGAGACGAUGGCAACCACCUGUAUCCUGUCAACAGAAUGAGUGGAUUGGUGAUAUUCGAUUCUCAAUUGAUGGCAGUCAGUUAGGAGUAACAGUGUGGGUAGAUGGUCGAUACAAUCAGUUUCAUGUACGAGAUCGAUCAAUGAACAUCCUCAAUAACAUCACAUUUCCUUCAUCGAAAUCCGGGUAUCGUCUUAUCUGUCUUCCAAAUGGACAAUGGCUGACACAUGAGCAUGAGAAUAAAGAACUUCAUAUAAUUGGCAGAGAUGGUAAAUUAGAACAAACUCUCACAUAUAAUACGUGUGUAUGGAGAGCAGCAUUAUUAAGAAGAUGUCUUGUUAUUCGAACAGAUGACAAUGAACUCUGUUUUCAAGAUUUAUGA